AUGUCUCAGCACAGGGGACACAGAAGGAGGCCCAGGACCCCAGGGCCUCCUGUGCGCAGCAUUCGGUCCUUCAAGUCCAGUGAGCAGUACCUGGAGGCGGUGAAGGAAGACCUGGCUGAGUGGCUUCGGGAUCUGUACGGGCUGGAUAUUGAUGCAGCCAACUUCCUGCAGGUGCUGGAGACUGGUCUGGUGCUGUGCCGGCAUGCCAACACUGUCACAGAGGCUGCUCUGGCCUUCCUGGCUGAGGCACCUGACCGAGCUCAAAAGAUUCACAUGCCCCAGGCUGGGGUUUUCUGCAAUGGGACUGCUCAGCCAGGCACCUUCCAGGCCAGGGACAACAUCUCCAACUUCAUCCAGUGGUGUCGCAAGGAGAUGGGCAUCCAAGAGGUGCUGAUGUUCGAGACAGAGGACCUUGUGCUGCGCAAGAACGUAAAGAGCGUGCUGUUGUGUCUGCUGGAGCUGGGUCGCCGCGCCUGGCGCUUCGGUGUGGCGGCGCCGGCUCUGGUACAUCUGGAAGAGGAGAUUGAUGAGGAGCUGCGGUGUGAGCUGGCUCUGCCCUCGCCGGAUCCGCCACCACCCGCACCCCCUGUUCGCAGGCCUUGCCACUUCCACAACCUGGACCAGAUGGUGCAGAACCUUGUGAGUCAUUGCACGUGCCCAGUGCAAUUCUCCAUGGUCAAGAUAUCUGAGGGGAAGUACCGAGUAGGGGACUCCAACACUCUCAUCUUCAUCAGGAUCCUCCGGAGUCACGUGAUGGUGCGUGUUGGGGGCGGCUGGGACACGCUGGGCCAUUAUCUGGACAAACAUGACCCCUGCCGGUGUACGUCCCUCUCCCACAAACCAGGCAGCUUCCUGAAGCCCCCAGGGCCACCGGUGCAGCAUGAAGUGAAGGUGCAGGAUGGGCCCUCACAGCCCCAGCCUACAAUGACCAUCAGCCGCUCCCAGAGCCCACUGCCUCCAGUGGACUGGAAGACAUACACCUCUUCUAGCCGAAAGCUGAGGCCUCUCACUCCCUCUUCUCCCCUACCCCAUGGUGAACGGGGAGGAGGGAGCAGGACCCUCAGAGAAAUGGCCCCAUUACUAAGGUCCCAAGAGAGGCCAAUGACCCCAUCUCAGAGGACGUUGUCACCCAGUCCCCAAUUCUCAUCUACCUGUAGGAGCCCAGUCCUACGAAGUACCCUGUCAGGAAAGAGAGAGAAUAGAUGCCCAGGUGAACUGCCCAGAGGAAGGACUCCCACAUCUUGGGUUCACAAGGAAACAGACAGCCGAGGAACACAUACCAUGGCUCUCACCCCUCAGAGGCUCCAAAUCCCUGAGGCCACCAGUAAAGGGGCAUCAGCAAGAGGACCAUCUCCCCCACUUCGUUCCUCCAGCCUAGCCAAUCCUCACAGAUUCUGGAUCCUGCAUCAUCGGGGAGCUUCUCCACAGCUCAGUGAACCCGUGUCUAUUCAGUCCCCACCCCCCAGCAAAGGGUUUACCAAGAUCCCCAUCCGGCUGUCCCCUGCCCAACCCCCAACUCCAGGAAGAAGUGUUUUGGGUGCUGAAAGUGGAGGUUCCAUAGAGAGAGGACCCAUCCCAUCAAGGGUAAUCACAGGGAACUUGGAUAGAUCCAAACAUGGGCAUCACUCUAUGGAAGAAAGCCAUGAGGACCACCAGGUGGACAUCCAGAUCACUUCAGAGACUGAGGAUCCCGGGAGCCUGGACACACAAAAGUGGAAGGGGAGGCAAACCCCUCUGCCCCUGGACAGGACUAGAGAGGAAGCCCUCUACCAUAGCCUUGAAGAGGAGAUUGUGGCCAACAUGAAACUGCUGGAGGUGGGGGCUGCCUGUAAUCAGGGUACAAGGUCUCAAGUUAUCCCUCGAAGUGGAGUCUAUGUUCCCAGCCUAGGUGGGAGGUGGCCAGAGUCUGGGGGUCCUUAUGAUAAAGUCAUCCAAGAACUGGUUCAGGGGCCCCCACCUCUCCUUAAAGUGGAUCUGAAAGCCUGGAAUGUAGGCUCUGAAGCUCCCCCUAAGCCAGCUGUGAACCCAAAAAGCCCUAAAGAGAAGCUAGGAUCCAGAGAGAGUGGGCCAAGGACAAAGGCAAGCCUGAUUGCCAAGGGAACUCCAGUAAGAACUGUGUCAUCUACCCUAACUGUGCCUGCCACCGUGGAGGCUCCCACAAGUUCAUGCUUAGAACCCAGUUCUGACAAAGCCAGGGUAUGUCUGGGCAAAGGCAAGAGAACUCUCCGGAAGCCCCAGAAGAUCCCAUCCAUUUACAAGCUGAAGCUAAGACCCAGGAUCCGGCCCCGCAGAGACCACAGGCCUGAGAAAAGACCUUCCAGAAUUCCCAAGCCAUUGACCUACCUCUGCCUACGUCCAGCCAGGACAACUCCUGGAAGCAGGCUAUUGAAAGCUACAUUGGGUGGCAAGGAAGGGCACACCUGCCAGGUGGAUCAAGCAGGUGAAAAGGAGGAAGAGAAAAAGAAAGACGUCAGAAUCUCAUUGAAGAACAGCUCCCAAGCUUCAGAGAGCCAGGAGACUCAGCAGCCUGAUGGAACCCCACUUCCACCUGAGGAGGAGUCUUGGGUCUAA